GUUUUUUAAAAAACCAGGAACCAUUGUAAACCUUAUAGUCUCCUUUGGACGUGGCAAUGCCUUGGGGAAGACCUCUACCAGGCCCCGGGCUGAAGAACUGCCUCGGGUGUAACAAUGGCUUAUUGUAGCAACGAGGAAAGAAUGUGACCAAAGGAGCUGCUAUGGGGUGUGGCCAGGUAACAGCAGCCAGCCCUCUACCUGCUCAGGUGGUUUAGCUUUAAAGCAGCUGACAAGGUAGCUCAGAAGACUAGCACCUGCUGGAGCUCUGCGUACAGGAUGGUAGCUGAGCAAACUGGAAAUAUGUUUUGCUAGAGGGAGAGUUUGGAGACACACCGGAGAAGGCAGCAGUAAAGAUGAAGAAGCAUCACUCUGUGCAAGGAACUUUUAGCAGACUCUUUGGGAAAAAACAUGCCAGCAACAAUUCCACCACUUCCCUCUACGUCACCAACCCCCCUUGGAUCUUCACACAGGAGGUCGCUUCUGACAGCCUGGCAAGAACUGGUGAAGUGGAUGGCAUUUAUUAUGGGGAUAAUCGCUUUGGUUCAGUGACAGAUUCUGGAACAGCAACACUUAAGGCACGUCCAAGAGUCCGGCCUUUAUUGACUUUCUUACCUCUUAAUGCUCAAGAGGCACAUGGAGUGGCUGUACCAACACCAUCAGUGCCAGAAGGCUUUGAGGACAAACCAGCUCUAGGGCUUGGUUCUCAAAUCAAUGGCAGUUACAGAAAGUACAAUUCGGUUCUUGAUCUGAGGUCCAAGGCAUUUGAAGAGAACUGCUUGGAUGAUGAUUACAUCCCCCCACCACCAUCAAUUCCUCCUCCUCCACCACCACCACCACCACCACCACCACCAUCAGUUCCUCAUCCAUCACCAGCAUCCAAAGUUGACCUGCCACCACCUUCUGUGGAUAUUCCACCUCCACCUUCCAUGGAAGCUCCACCUCCACCCCCACCAGUGGUGCCUCCCCCACCUCCUCCUCUUCCAGGAAUGUCAGCUCUGUCUCCUUCAUCCCUGGCUCCACCUUCAUACUCAUAUUCCAAUUUGUCUUCCCCCAGCACUCCAUCUCCACCAGACUUCAUUCCUCCUACUCCUCCUCCGGCUUUCAGGAAUAGUGUGGCCGCUCCUAUGCCUCCCAUUUCACCAUCACUUCAUACUUCACCUUUCUCAAAUGGUGUAUCCAAAUGGAAAUCUGAGACUGUUCUAAAUCUGAGGCAGCCUGAAACCAUCUCCCCUAAUCUGAACCUUGUUUUUCCAACAACCCCUACCCAUAAGGAGUCACAAUUGCCUCAAUCCAGUCCAGAGCCUCAUCUCACCUUUCCAAGGUCAUUUAAAAUACCUCCCCCUACUCCUGUGAGAACAUCCUCUAUUCCCUCAAUAGAAAAAGAAUCCAGCCCAAGAGAUGAGCAGCUCCCUAAGAUGGCUCCUCACAGCCGACCUGCCUUGCCAUCUUACUUUACUGUACAAAGUGCAGCUGUGGUUCACUCAGAGGGAGAAGCUGGACAGCAAGCCACUUUGGAGAAGCCUUCCAUAUUAAUCACAGAGUCUGGAAGUCCAAACCUAACAUCAGAUUCUAAUGGCUCCUCUGCCUCCCCACUGAAGCAUGAGGCAUCCCUGGUCAAAGACACAGAGCUUCCUUCUUCAGACUAUGAAGCCUCUGAUGAUGAAGACUGGAAGGAACGCAGCAACCUGGACAAGCUAAAGCAUGAGCUCUCUGUUCUGCUGUCCUCUUCAUGUAGAAAGGACGACAGGCAGCAAGACAGAACUGUAGCUGCCAAGGCUAAAACCAGCAUUACUGAUAGCAACCAGGUUAUUGCACAUGAACUAAAACAAGCUAAGCCUGCUGUGAUAAGCCCAAAGUCACCAAUAGGUACAGAAAGUGAAAGGAAAGAGAAGAUAACUGCUAAUACACCUUCUGCAGGCAAAGCCUUCCCUAGUGAUGCUUCCUCAACUCCAGACGAUAAAUCCACCAAUGUGCAAGCAAACUGUGUUAUGAAAUUCAAAGAUGAGUUGGAAGCCUUGUUCUCUCCCACCAAGGAUGGAGGACCACCUUUGGCUCUUGCAAACCUGAGACAUAAUCCAGAAACAAAGAAACAAGUUACUCUUCAAUUUGGUGGCAGCCAGAUCAAUAGUGGUGAGUCCAGGCUUCCAAAACCCACAGCAAGUCAGAAUCCACCAAUGUUGGAAGUGACAGAGAAAGAGCCUAAGGUUCCUAGCACCUCUCCUGGUUACUCACUACCUGACAAUGCUUGUAAACCUCCAGCCUCUCUUCUGAAAUCAAAGAAUGAACUCUUGCUUCCAGCUGCAUCUUCACCAGCCUCUUCUGGCACUGCCUCACCGGUACUGACUACAUCUCCUAAUAUGGAUUUUUCUCUCCUGCAAUACAAGUCGCAUAGGACGAGGUUAGGUUCUGUUGACAGUCUGGCCUCUGCAAGUUCUUCCCAAACUACAGAAGAUAGACCAGUUAACACAAAUAAUAAUGAAAAUCAAAGAGACUCUGUUGAGCGCAGACCCUCAGAGACAUCCACACCUGCUAGGAACACAGAGAAAGUGAAUAGUGAUGUUUUCAUUCAUCCUGUUACAGGAGAAAAAGUAGAGAAAGGCUCCCCAAUGGCUCUCCUCUUAGCUGCACAACAGCGGGCCAAAAGAGGCAGGUGUUCUGCCUCCACCUCCCGACAGAACAGCUAUAUAUCGGAGAGGCCCCAGUUCAAGUUAUCAGAGAAGUUGCACAAUAGCAGCCAGUCAGAGACUGGGUCAUCCACCAUUUACUACAGUGACUGCAAGCCCAACUCUGUCAUGGUUGUACCAAAGUCUCCUCAAAAGGAAUCCCUUGCAGUCUUAGAAAAUAAGCAGCGCAGUGGAGCAAGUACAUCUGACAGCAACAUCUGGGGCUUGUCAGAAUUAGGGCAGAGGGUACAUAAGCCACAGAUAUUUUCCAGUGUUUCAGAACAGUGCAGGAAUGCACAGAAAGUCAGGGAGAUGAAUGAAUCUCAGAAUCUUCCCCCUUCAAAUAGGCAUGGUACUUCCAUUUUAGUUCAAGACUUUCUAGAGUCCAGCCACCCGAAGGAGCAAGGCCCUCACAGCAGGCCAGAAGCUCCCUGGCAGUCUUUCACUGCACCUAAAGACCACACCAAAGACAACAAUAAUGUGGUGGAAGAGGGGUUUGAUUUUGAGAUCAUCCCCCCCCCACCAGAGUUCAGCAAUUAUGCCAAAGGGGUCUCAGGUGGUUAUUCAAAUGGAAGAAAGAAUCACAAAGCCCUUAAUGUCCCAGGUGACACUCAAGCCUCAGAUAAACAACCUAAUUCAAACUAUAACUAUGGUAACAGUUAUUCCCUGACAUCCAAACCAGCUCUGGAAAACAGCAUGAGGACCAGUGGAUACAGUCACUAUAACCCAGGUGGGAGCUACUCUUCUAGCUACCUCAGUGGCUACUCCAACAGCCGGCCUCUGAUCAAGAAGCGCCUGUAUGUGUCAGAGAUGGAUGGAUCAUAUGGCAGGUCCCCCAUGUCUCCUCGCAGCAUGAGUGUGCCCAACUCCUCCUACAGCCACACUGCAAUGAUAUACAACUCUCAGGCUGGGGAAGGGAUGCGGCGGGUCAACUCUACUCACAGGAAUGUUCCCAACAGUGCGCAGGGCAGAAGGGUGUCCCUGGAAUUACCUGGGAAAAUGGUGAAUUACAAUAACGCUGCCAGUGAUGGCAAGUAUAAAGGCCAGAAUGGAGAGUACUCUACCAAUACAGCAGCUGCUGGCAGACCUUCCCAUGGAAAUCCACAAUAUGGUGGAACUGCAAAUACAUUUACCGUCAGGCCUGGAGCAAGACAACCCAUUUCUUAUUCAUACCAAGGAGGUCUUCGAUAAGGCAUUUCAUGACGAAGCUUCAUCAUCUCGCGUGUAGCAUUGGCCAAGUUAAUACAUCAUAGGUCUCAUCUUCUCCACUUUAUGGUUCCUCCUUUGAUAGCUCUUUAGGGAGGCACAAGAGCCUGCCCUCAGCCUAAUGUUGUCCCAGUACUUUCUUGUAAAUAGACUGGUUGUAAGUUAUUAGGGAGAAGGUAACAAUGAGCUCUGAGGGCUUCUUUGCAAAAGGGAUAACAGGGCAAGAUAUGCCACACAGUGACUCAGCAACAUUUGCUUAGCAUAAAGCAGGUAAUUAUAUAGACUUCCCUGUGACUACUGCCAGCUUGGCCUGUAGGAGACUAUCUAAAGCAGCAGUUUAUGGAAGAAAUUUUGCCUUUCAGCACCACCCUCAUGAGUAUUCAUCUGUCACUCAGAAACAGCAAAGGACUAUUGUCUCCAUCCUAGAGGCGGCAAGGAACAGACAAGGAAUCCAGGGCAGGAAGGGUGAGCAGGAGCCAGGAUUAAGGGCAGUUACAUAGCAGUAGCCCCAGUAGCCAUGUGGGGCCCAGAACUGAAAUCUGAAGAGCCUGGUGGUUGGAAGAAGGUAGCAUAGUUGUGGGAAAGGGGUAUGGGGAUUUUCAAGGAUAAAGUACAAGCAUGGCAGAAUAGAUGAGAAGGACUAGGGCUACCUACUUUUUUGUUGCAAAUGUGGUUUUAACACUGAGAUGGAGCACCCGUGACCCUCCAGAUCUUGUUGAACUACAUCUCCCUUCAUCCCUGUCCAUUGGCCAUGCUGGCUCAGGCUGAUGGGAGUUGGAUUCCAACAACAUAUGGAGUCCAACAGGUUCUCUGUCCCUGCUUUAAGAGUUCCAUGAAAAGAAAAAAACUGAGCAACUGGGUUUUUUUUCUCAUCACUGCAUCUCCAAGCCAGGAAAAGCCAAGUCUAUUGGAUUUCUGUUUGUCAGACAACUGUAAAAGACAGGAACCCUAAUAGAAAAGAAGUCAGCAUCCAGCAAGCCUAGGAAGCAUUGUCAGACUCAGAUGCUCUUGGAUCUGUUGGAAAUACUUCGGACUGGAAGUUUUUCAGACAAUUCUAAAGUCAUUUUUUUAAGACUAGGAUUGUUUUGUAUAACUCACCUCCCAGUCUGCAGACAAGAUUGAGACUUCCCAAGUAUCAAUAGCUGUACAAUGCAAAUACAGAAUGUUAAGAUUAUUGCUGUCACUUUAAAAUGCAACAUCUUAAUUUAAUUUUGGAAAGAGAUUUUAAAGUAAGAAACUUCACCAGGUUAAAGUGUUUUGAAGUGCCAUAUAUUUCCAGGCUGCAACCUGGAGAUCCUGCUUGUCCCUUUAAAAUAACAUAGCCUCUUUGGCUCCUGCACUGUGCCUCCAUUAGUCCCUUCACCCUUGCCUUGCCUACUGUGCUGGAAAACUAAUUACAGCAGGUGGCAGAAGGACAGAGUGGGGGAUGUGGAGGCUGCAUGCUGUCCUGGAAAUUUUAAGGAGAUUGGACCCAUGUUAAGGAUGCAAUCUGAGCACCCUACAUUCAAAGUGUAAAAGACGUCAAAGCAGGCACCUACUUUGGUUUGAGGUGUGUAUAUUUUUAUGAUUGUGGGGGCAUUUGAUAAAAUGGGUGCUGGCACCUAUACAAAUUAUAGCCAAGAUGGGUGAUUAAGAAGGAAGCAAUGCAGGUUUAAAUGUUGCCCUUGGAAGUAAAUCUUAUUGAUUCAAUGGGAUUUACUUCCAAAUAGGUGAAUUUAAGGUUGCAGUUUUAAUCCAACUUGGCUUGUUUGCCCAUAAGUGAGAGUUGUUCAUAAUAUAAUUGUUCAUUCUAUAUAUUAAUCUGUUGGUCUAUUCUCUGUUAAAUGGCUAACAGGCAAAUGAAAUGUUUUUGUCAGUGACUAGGAGAUAAUUUUGAACAUCUUAUUCAUAAAUUAAUCACAUAGUCUAUGCAUGCAGAAGCAGCGGCUUUUAAGAUUGCCCUCCCACCAAAAAAACCCCUCCCAAACCUCUAUGGAUUUUACAGAAAAAACAAUUAUAUACCCAGGAACAGCUAUUCAUGCUUGUAAAUACUAUUGUAAACUAUAAAAUAUAUAGAGUAGUAAACUUAAAACCAUUGAGUUCAGUGGGUCUAUGCUGAGUGUGACUCAGGUGGAUGCCACCCCAUAUACAUUAAGUCUUGCUGAUUUGGCCUGAUGACAGACACUCUUUAAUAUAAAAUCGUAUCUCAAAAGCAUGUAGUCUCAGUUCAGGUCAAUUUAUUUAGGUGGCUGGUAUUCCUCUGCUCCUUUGGAUUGCUUCAUACAUAGAACCACCAAAUACCACAUAGGAAAGGACUGCUGUACCUUUGAGAACUGUGUAAAAAAGGGGAAUUUAUGCAGUGCUGCAAGAGUGAGAAAAAGUCUUUUCUUCAUUGCAUUUGGAAUACAAACAUAUACAUAUCUAUGCAGAACUAAGUCCUAUUGAGGCCAGUGGGGCUUACUCUCAGAUAAGUGGGUAUAGACUGCAGCUUUAGUCCUUAUUUAUGCAUUACUCCCCACCCCCACCUCCGGUACUUCUUUUCUGCACAUGAACUCACAAGGCUUGGAUCUUAAGGUAACUUGGCUUAAAGAUGUUCAUGGAAGGAAAGUUUUCCACCCUGUCCUCCCUCCUACAGCAGUGGUGAAUGGUGCCUGUUGCAGUGGUGAAUGGUGCAGGGUGGAAGGCAGGGAGCCCAGUCGGUACAGCCAGAGCCAAUGACAGGUAAUUCUACUUUUGUCCCCAUCCUCCUCCUGUCUGCUGAGUUCUACAAAGGCAUCAGAGAGAUUAAGGAAGAGGAAGUUGUGAGACAGGGCCAUCGUCUGGGCUGGUUGUAAGUAGAAAGGUAGGUGGGAGGGGGGCUGGCUGAAGUUGGUGGGGUAGUGUCCCAUUUGCCUGAAUGAACCAGCCUUCACUGCCCCCCAGUGUCCUAUGCCCCUCUCCCAAUCUUCUCUGAAGCACUGUAGGGGCCCAAUGUGGGAUGAAGUGCGGGUGGAACGAGGAGAGGGAAACUUUCCUUUCAAGCAUUUCGUUAAGUUAAAUUAUAUCAAGAUCCAAGCCAUUAAUUUUAGACGCUGCAAAGAAAUUAGCUUUCUCCACUGAACACACAAGCAGCUUGAGCAUCUUCCAAACAUUGAAGCACACACAUAUCUAGUGUACGUUGUACAGUGGUGUUGGGGAAAUGUAACAUGAAAUGGUCUCAAUGCCUUAUACUGGAGACUGCAGAUUCCAGACAUACCAUGUUCUAAAUUUGUUGCAGCUAAAGGAAUAGCCAAAUGAGAUAUGGAAAAGGUGUGCAGUAAAUAAGAGUUUUCUCAACCCUUAUCAAGGAUGUAGAAGUUCAUUUCAGAGUGCCAACAUUUAUAAAAGAUCAUUGGACUUUAAACUUUCUACAGCUGAAACAAACUGAUGUAGUAGUUUGUCAUGACAAAGCAAUGUAAAGACUGUAAAACAUGUAGAGAAUGUAUUGUAUUACGGAAACAUAAAGCACUUGGAGACAAGCAUU